AUGCUGCCUCUGCUAUUGUUCCCCCUCGUGGUGGCUCUGCCCCACCCAGGGUCUGAAGCAGAGACCCAGGUGAUCUACAUCCGUGGUAAACGAGAUGUCUUCACGAAUUAUCCAUACACUGGACCGGCGGUUCCAAUCGCCGAUUGGGCAGAUCAGAGCGUCAAUGGGAAUGAUGCCUACACCGAUCAGUAUGCCAAUGGUACAGGGAACAACCCUCAGCCAGGUUUCCCUCGACUGCAGGAGCCGCCUGCUGUCUGGCCGUCAGGCCCCAAUCCCACGAAUAAUAUCAACACGAUCUCGACCGCCUAUGUUCCUGGUGGAAUCAACAUUCAUUUCUCCACCCCUUUUGGUAUUGACGGCGAGCCUUGUGUCAACUACGGAACAGACAUGUACAACUUGAACACCAAUGUGAAAGGAACAACAACCACGUACGACCGCACCCCUCCCUGUUCUGCGUAUGACUCCGUUACUUUGUGCUCUCAGUUCUUUCACAAUGUUCAACUCACCGGUCUCCAACCGGGAACGACCUACUUCUAUCAGAUCCCAGGUGGCAACGGCACGACGCCAAGCCAUGUGUUGCAAUUCACGACUGCUCGCGCUCCAGGAGAUCCUACACCCUUUUCUGUCGCCGUGGUCAACGACAUGGGAUAUACCAAUGCCAAAGGGACCCACGCCCAGCUCAUCGAAGCAGUCACCACUGGAGUGUCAUUCGCCUGGCACGGUGGCGAUAUUUCAUACGCUGACGACUGGUUCGAAGGGAUCUUGCCAUGUGUGCUUAGCGGUCCGGAUGCUGAAAAUUGCUACAACGGGACCGAUUCCACUGUUCCCCCUGGUGAUGACUUCGACUACUAUACGCCCGUCCCCGUUGGAGAGAUGCCCAACCAGGGAGGACCUCAAGGUGGAGACUUUUCCACCAUGUACGAGACCAACUGGGAUCUGUGGCAGAAUUGGAUGAACCCAAUCACUACCAGAAUUCCCUACAUGACCAAUCCUGGGAAUCACGAAGCGACCUGCGCUGAGUUUGAUGGUCCGAACGGCGAGCUUUACGCCUACCUGGUAAACGAUCAGAUCAAUGGAACAGCAAAUGGAACGUUGAACUACUACAGCUGCCCGCCUAGCCAGAGAAACUUUACUGCAUACCAGCAUCGUUUCCGAAUGCCCGGAGAUGACUCUGGAGGUCGAAGUAAUUUCUGGUAUUCGUUCGAUUACGGCCUUGCACACUUUAUCUCUUUCGAUGGGGAAACAGACUAUUACCAAUCACCGGAGUCCCCAUUCGUGGCGGAGCUCACUGGCAAUGAGACCAUGCCUUCGGAGAAAGAAGCCAGAUUAACCUCAUCCGGUCCGUUCGGAUACAUCGAUGGAAAUUACACCAACAAUGCUAAUUAUGAGCAAGUCCAAUGGCUCCAGAAAGACCUCGCCAGCGUGAACCGUACCAAGACGCCUUGGAUCUUUGCCAUGACGCAUCGGCCGAUGUACUCCUCCGAAGUAGCUGCGUAUCAAAAGCACAUGCGUAAUGCUUUUGAGCAGAUCCUGCUCGAUCAUAAGGUCGACGCCUAUUUAGCUGGACACAUCCAUUGGUACGAGCGCAUGUAUCCCCUCGGAACGAACGGAACCAUCGUGGAAAGUAAUUUUGUCAACAACAAUACCUACAUCACUGGCAAUGGCAAGUCACUAACUCACCUUGUCAAUGGAAUGGCUGGCAAUAUCGAAUCCCAUUCCACCCUAUCGUAUGAUGACCUACCAAGGCUCAAUAUCACUGCGUAUCUUGACCAGGAGCACUAUGGUUUCAGCCGCCUGACUGUUAUCAAUGCCACAACGUCUUUGUGGGAAUACAUUCAUGGAGAUGAUGGGCAGUGCUGGGACUACGUCUACAUGCAGAAGGAAUGA